AUGGCGUUCGGACGAGGCAAGAGGGGACUGCACGCUGCAGUCAUCUUAGGCUUCUUUGUCCUCCUCGCCACAUCAUCUGUAGGAUUGGGCCAAAGGGUGCCUCGCUACCCAAGUGUGGAGUCACUCGAAGAAAGAGUUGCCGAGGCUCUAGGGCGCCGUAGCUCCGCAGCGGCCAGUACUCUUCCAGGGAGUGACACGAACAUGAUAUCAGAUGGUCGCGCAGGCAGGGAUGAACCAACAGCGAGCCCAGAGCAUCAUUCCGUGGACGCUCCGACCACGUCUGGGGAAGGCGAGGCAGAUGCUGGGAAAGUAACGCUGAGGAACGAUGAGGGCCUUGAGGGUAAUAUCUCAGCCGACCAUGUUCUACAUCCCCCUCCUGACAGUGAACACGAGGGUUUGCAGGAACCGGGCACGACGCAUCAGGAGGCGCAAGAACCAGACGCGAGUGAAGCAAUGGACUCUUCCGCGCUACCACUUUCCACGUCGGUACCACAUCCUAACGAAGUCGGUUCAACACCAGGAACAGCGCUGCCUGCCCCGAUUUUUAGCAUUCCAGAGCUCUCACCGGAGGAAGUUGUCUACGUUUUACGGGUUCAGGGAUCAGGCGAUUUCGAAAUUAGUUUCCAAGUAGGCCGGGUGGUGAGGCAGUUGGAAGCCAUCAAGAGAGCAUACAGGGAGGCUCACGGGAAGCUAGAAGCUGAGGAGCUGGAGUCGGAAAGGGGACCGACGGUUUCGACUCGGACGAAACUAGUUGACUUUAUCAAAGAAAACCAGAGACGGCUGAGGGCGGCGUUUCAGAAGGUUAAGAUUCAGCAAAAGUUGGAGGAGAUCGAGGAACUGUUGCAGCUGUCACACGCACUAAAAUCUCUAGGUGCCCGCCUGAGACCCUGCCAAAAAAGUAAUUCCCCAAUGGAGGAAGAGAUUUGUCGUAAGACGAAAGCUUUGGGCGAAAUGGUUGCCCAGAAAGCGGAGGAUCUUCGUCAGCAUGCGUCAACUGUCUCGGCUCUGCUAGGUCGCGAAGCUGUUGAGAGACAGUUGCGGCGUGUCGACAGUGAACAACCCUAUGAACAAACAGACGCCGGGGUUGCAGCCAGAGCAGAGGAAUUUCGGAAGGCACUGGAGAAAGCAGCUUCCGGUGCGAGACAAUUCGUGGGGACCACAGCGGACGAAAUAGUGGAGGAAGUGAAGGAGGAUGCUCAGUACCUGCGUGAUGGUGCGAAAGAAGUGUUGACGAAGAGCCAGCGCGCGCUAGUAGACGCGUUUCAGGCGAUCCAAAGGGCUCUACUGGAGGCGAAGGCAAAGGAGCUCGUAGAUGCCGCAUCAAAGGAAGCUGAAGACGCUCGUAAGAUCUUAGCGGAACAGCCAGCGUGA